CAGCGCGAUGUGAUUGACAUGUAAAAAUGCGAUUAGGGCCGUUGUUGCCAGUGAAUUCGUGAUACGAGAAGGCACCGUGUUGUGCUCGGAAGGACUCGUAAUAUGUAAGAUUUGCAAGAAACCGGAAGUCAUCGAUAUGCGUUAAAAUUUCGUCCUCGGCGUAAUCGUAGCCGGGGGUGAUAUACGUAUAAGGGGAAUGGUAAUUGGGGAACUAUGGGUGCUCAACAGACUAAAGACAGAGUGAUUCCUGCCGGGUCUGCUAUUCGACAAACUCGGAAACAACCAAGGAACCCAAAGGACUCCCGUGUCAUCGGAUCCAACAUUUUCACCGAGCACAGCGGACGUGCCAAUGCUGGAAAAAAUUGCCUCGAUUUUUCUACAUUUAAUUUAAAAGCAUUGCUUCAGAGCAGGCCACUUCCCCACAUUCCCGCAUUACCAGAAGGUGAUCCCCCUAGUUGUUCUAGCCUUCAAACCUACUCUCAACAAUCUGGUCUUCAGCAGCACGUCAAUGUGCCCAGUAGCGGACUUUUGGAUGCCGCUAACAGAUGGACAAGCAAAGAAAAUCUUCUGACGCAAGAAGAAGAUGAUCCACAGCUGUUCUUAGCACUUUAUGACUUUCAAGCUGGCGGGGAGAAUCAACUCAGUUUGAAAAAAGGUGAACAAGUUCGCAUACUCAGCUACAAUAAAAGCGGAGAAUGGUGCGAGGCCCAUUCGAGUGUCGGCCAAGUAGGUUGGGUUCCUUCUAAUUACGUAACUCCCGUGAACUCCUUGGAGAAACAUUCUUGGUACCACGGCAGAAUAUCCAGAAAUGCCGCAGAGUAUUUACUAAGUUCGGGCAUCAAUGGAAGCUUCCUGGUGCGAGAGUCGGAAAGCAGUCCCGGUCAACGUAGCAUUUCCUUGCGAUAUGAAGGUCGAGUUUAUCACUACCGAAUAAACGAAGACAACGACGGAAAAAUGUUUGUAACAACGGAAAGCAAGUUCAACACUUUAGCGGAAUUGGUUCACCAUCACUCCAUGUUGAGCGAUGGUUUGAUCACUCAGCUCCUUUAUCCAGCCCCAAAACAAAACAAGCCGACUGUUUUUCCACUGAGUCCUGAACCUGACGAAUGGGAAAUCAAUCGAACGGACAUUGUGAUGAGGCAUAAACUGGGUGGUGGUCAAUAUGGAGACGUGUAUGAAGCAGUCUGGAAGAGAUACAACAUGACAGUAGCUGUGAAAACAUUAAAGGAGGACACGAUGGCGUUAAAAGACUUUUUAGAAGAAGCUGCAAUUAUGAAGGAAAUGAAGCAUAGGAACUUGGUGCAAUUAUUAGGCGUCUGCACUAGGGAACCACCGUUUUACAUAAUCACCGAAUUCAUGAGCAAAGGGAACCUUCUUGAUUAUUUGCGUAAUGAAAGCAAACACCAAAUCAACGCUGUCGUUUUGAUGCACAUGGCCACGCAAAUCGCAAGUGGCAUGAGCUAUCUCGAAAGUCGGAACUUUAUUCACAGGGAUUUGGCAGCAAGAAAUUGUCUUGUAGGUGAAAGUCAUCUAGUAAAAGUGGCAGAUUUCGGACUUGCACGACUUAUGCGAGAUGACACCUACACUGCUCACGCUGGUGCCAAAUUCCCAAUUAAAUGGACAGCCCCCGAGGGAUUGGCUUAUAAUAAAUUUUCUACAAAGUCGGACGUCUGGGCGUUUGGCAUUCUUCUUUGGGAGAUUGCUACCUACGGCAUGUCUCCGUAUCCAGGAGUCGAUCUCACGGAUGUCUAUCACAUGUUGGAGAAAGGUUACCGAAUGGAAUGUCCUCCAGGCUGUCCACCGAAAGUUUAUGAUUUGAUGCGACAGUGUUGGCAAUGGUCGGCGACGGAACGGCCGACUUUUAAAGAAAUACAUCAUUCCUUGGAAAACAUGUUUCAAGAAUCUAGUAUUACGGAAGAGGUGGAGAAACAACUUCAAAGUGGUGCAGAAAUUCCUUUGCUGGCUUAUAAAAAGUCCCAAACUGGUAGUACAGGAAAUAUCCAUGGACUCGUCUUAGUUUCUGAUCAACUGCCUUCCGGCUUAUCACAAGAAGGAGCUAGUUCCGUUUCGAAAUUAAGCACCUUCAUGGGUGGUUUGUCUAGCAAGGCAAACAGCAACUUGGUGCAGAUGCGACGCUCGACAAACAAAAAGGGAAAGCAAGCACCCGCACCGCCAAAACGGACUAGCCUGCUAUCGUCGUGCAGCUCUUUUCGCGACUCAGCCUACCAGGAUCAAGAUCAACAGAAUACCGAUAUUGGCAAUGCGAUACUCGACGAUGGCACGGAUCUAAAUGGUAUCACACGAGAACUCGUAACAAUGGCUACACAAUCGAUUACUACAGGAAUUUGUGAUGUGGAUGACGAUGGCGAUGGUUCCCAAGACACGGCAGAGGCCAAUUACCCACCGCAGCCGUCAACUUCACCGGAACCCGUAUCCAACUUACAGUGCAACCAAAAACAAAUUAAAACGCGAAGCUAUCCGCCUAAGGAAGUACUGCCACAGAAGUUGGUGCACGUGGGAGCUUUAGAGGUGCAAAAUGUUAAGAGAGCCAUCAAUCGCUACGGGACUUUACCGAAGGGAGCGCGGAUCGGAGCCUACCUCGAAUCCCUUCGUCAAAGCGGAAUGCCAUCGAACCAAGAAGGCGGCAUCAUUGGAUCUCCUCUCUCCACCGCCAUCGAGCAGCACGAAUUUGCAAACCCUGGAGACAUCUCGCAGCAUCGAUCCCUCUCACCUAGACAAAACAACCUUCGCAAUCAGCCUCAAAUGACUCGCAGCAAUUCCUCCAGUGGUGUCGUAAAUACCUACCAGCCCCCGAAUUCCCCUCGCAGUAGAGCCGUAGCCGCCAGAAAAAACAACAGCGAGAAUAUUGGUUUAAAAACUUUCCGCGUUUGUAAUACUUCGACCUUUAGAACAGCGAGUCCAUCCAGACCGCUGCAACCCACCUUAGCUGAUCUUGAAUUUCCACCGCCACCACCUCUCGAUCUUUCGCCCCUUCCCAGCGAUUCUUUUAACGUCAGCGAACAGUUCGACCUUCCACCUCCGAUAAUUGCAUCCCCAAGCAGCAACAGUUCCCACAUUAAAAACCUUGCAUCGCCAAUCGGAAUGAGGAAAGUGAAGGACUGGAAGUUCAAAGAAGAAUCGAGUGAAGACCAGGAGGAGCGGAAUAGUGAUGUCAGGAAUCCAGAGCCUUCUGUGAAGGAAGCAAGUUCGAGGUUUGGUGUGAGUUUAAGAAGAAGAGAUAUUGGAAGUGAAACUGGAACGAUCAAAUCAGACGAGAAGACUUCUAGGUCUGAACAGACAAGACAAAGAACCAGAGAGAUGAGUUUCGAGACCAGAAUGAACUCCGUCACUCAGCAAACUUCUCCUCCAGAGGAAUCACCACCGCCUCCACCACCUCCGCCUCCUCCCGUCAUAGACUCGGGUCUCGAUGCUUUUAAUUCUAAACCCGGUAUGAAGGAAAUGCUCGAGCUCAAGUUGAUCAAUGAAAUUAAGCAGUCCUCUGACAUGAAACACAACAACACGAUCAAGAAAGUCAAUUCUGUCAACAACAUCGUUUCAGCACCUCUUGACCCUGCCUCUCAACUCCUUUCUGAACUUUGUGCCACCUUUAGUAUGGAUUCGAACAAGCAACCUAUCCAGAGCGAAUAUGCGAUAGCGAAUUUCAAUCCUAAUCCCAUUACUCAUCAAGAUCAAGAUAAAUCCGGUGGUAAUAAGGAAACCAUACACGCGGUAUCGCCGAUAGUCGAGGGGAUUGUAAACACUAGUAAUGCAGGUUUUAAGUUGAAGAAGGUGGACAAAAGACCGCAGAAAGAGGAGAGUUCCGAUAGUCAAAUAAUCGAUUUUAAAGCGAGGUUGAGAAAGAUCGAUGCGGACAAGUCCUCGGAGGAGAAGAACAAAAAGGAAGAUGGCAAUAACACUGGAGAAUCGUUGGAGUCAAUUGUUGACGAGCAAGAUGAUAAGCGACGUAGCACGGGGAGUAUUAGUAGUCUGAAGAAAUUGUGGGAGAACAAAGAAGCUACUUGUGAGAGUCAGUCUUUGAGUCCGAAGCUGGGGGCGAGGGGAUCGAUUAAGCAGGAUGAUCCGGGAGAGGAGUCACCAGAAGAUCACAGCGGAGCCUCGACCAGAAGUUCCACUAGUAAAACGGAGUCGAGAGUUUGGCCACCGGUAACAACAGAGGCUGAGAAACCUAUAGUACCCGCGAAACCGACGAAACCUUUGGUUCCGUCUGGAAAACACUUUGCUUCCUCCAUUUAUGCCACUCCCAACUGCAACAAGACAUCAUCUCAGGAUGACGAUUUGGGCAAGCAGGGCGACACCAAAGGGGCGAAGAACAAUGUGCUCGAGAUCUCGAACGUAAUUGAGAAUAGUAUUGUUCAUCUGAAGAGCAGUCCGACUAUAGUCAUUGCAAGUUGGUUGCAGCUCUCGGACAAGGUUGGAUUGUUGCACGGCAUGUGCGUCAAUCUUACGGACACUUCGAUUGCGCCUCAUGCCAAGUUUCAAUUUCGUGAUCUGCUUGCCCGUCUCGAACUCCAGGCGCGGCAACUCCGAGCUGCCGGCACACGCAAUAUCGCAGAGAAUACAAGACUACUAAGUGAUGUUCAAAAUACGAUAAAGGAUGUUAUCAAUAUGGUGCAGAGGUAAAAUGAUGCGAGGGAAAAAUCAAAAAGCAACUUUUUCGAGUCCUCUUCAUCUGGGUUUCUACUUUCAUUGGUUGUUUAUACGCAGGGAUACGUAUUCUCGACCAAGUACAAGUCACGGGACAUUCGUUGAGUUUUUAAACUUGAUUUUUGUAUAUUGUAGAUUUCGUUUUAGUGAGUCAUAGUCACACGGGAUGUAUUCAAGAAAAUUCACGCGAUACCGUAAAAGACUUUGCCUCUUCGGUACACAUAUUACGUUAUGUUAUAAGAGUAUGGUUCUUGAGUUUUUUCAUGAAAUUAUGUCUCGCGUCUGAGAUUAGUUCGCAUGACGGUGAAAUAAUGAAUGCACAUAGGGCGUUAAAGUGCAUAAAAAAGAUCUAAUUUGCUUCUCCAAGCAGACGAAAAAGCGAGGUAACCAUACUCGUGUCACAUACAAGAAUUUGCUGUCACAUCUGGUGAAAAGUUUUUUAAAUAAGGGACUUGAUUCGUUAGGAAAAUAACACGCACUGAGCGAAAAAAGACAUAACACUUUAGAAUAUUUUACGUUGACUAUGGAAGUAUAUGGACAUAGAAUAUUGAAUUUAUCUGUUGUUAGGCCUCAUAGCUUGAUCCUCUAGAGUCUUAAUUUAAUUAAGAUUUU